AGUAUGCCCACUGUGGGCCUGGUACUGCUAGGGAGAGAGGGGGGUAGGGAUGGAUAUAGAUUAAACAUAACUGAAUAUUGUCCUGUUUUUAUCUCAAGAUGCACACCCAUUGCAGAGGCAAUGAGUUUCUAGUACCUGCAGAACUAAAGGCUCCAGGAUCCAGAGCCUCCUUUACCUUAGGAAAGAAAGAAGAUUUUCUUCCUUCCCCUAUUUUACAUCCGGUUCUCUCGCCCAGUUUCAAACAUUGGCGGUAAAAAUGCACGAUGGGUGUUCCAUAUUCUGGACAGCGAAAAGAGCGUGAAGUUAUUGUACGAAACCGGUGAAGCAUAUUUUAGUGGUCGACCCAAGAUUCAAACUCAGGUCUCUACCACAAAUUCAACUCUCUGUAGUGGUGAGUAGCUAAUAAUAGCGUAAUAAGAUGCGCCUCUUAGAGGUAUGGCGAAUUUUUAAAAGAACGUACAAAUUCUUUUUAUAGGAUUUUGAUUUAAAGAAAUGAAAAUUGGAACCCAGAUAUCAUUAACCGAGGUGAUCAUUGCGGUAUGAUUUAUAAUGGCGAAAAACGUUGGAAGAUAUAUUAGCUUUAUUACCAGAAAAACCUUAAAGUUUUUUUUUUUUUUUUAAGUAUAGUUUGUGUUUGCUUGUAGUUGUAUAAAAUAUCUCAGUGAGGAUCCAGAAUAAAUCUGGUUUCCUCUGGCAUAAAGAGCUCAACUUGGUUCCAGAAGGAGUGGAGGGGGACUUGCUGUAUAGUCCAUUUUAAAUAGUUUGACUUUUGAACGGUCCUGAUGUACUACCCAUUUUAAAAAUUAAAGGUCCUGAUGUACUACCCAUUUUAAAAAUUAAAAUUAUUUAACAAAAUUUAAAACCACAAAAAUAAUUUAACAAUCAAACAAAAAAGACGUUUGGGUCUUGGAAUUUUACUCUGAGUGGCGGUUUUUGAUUAAGUGGGAAGCGUUUCAGCCCGGGGUAAGGCUGAGCCGUCUGUGGACUGCAGAGGUGAUGUGAAUAGUCUAUUUGGGAACUGCAAAACAGCUUUCUAAGGAAAUGAUAUGCAUACAGCAAAUCAGCACCCUUGAUACUGUGAGACAACCCUCAUUUGAAACAUUCUGUUCGCUUGAUCCUUAAAUAUUCAGACUAUGUGCUCUGAUUUUGGUUUAGAAAAUACAGCAAACAUUGAAUUGUCAAGAGUUUGCCACAGUCUGCUGUUAAUAGGAAGUCAGGUACAAAACUGGGUAGAAUUGAAAGGCACAAAACUAAAUAUAUUGGUGAAGAAGUGUAUAGGGAACCAAGAUGUAAAACUAUGUGGUUGGGAACCUGAGAAAUAAUUUGCAGGUUGUCCUGAAGAGAUACACAAUUGUGUCGCCAUACUCUGGUUUGGAGGGAGUUCCUGGUUACUGCCUACAUACCAGAGUCCUUUGUGGAAUAUCUCCCUAACCUCACCCCAUUUCCCCCUCCCCUCCCCCCACUGUAGAAUGCCUUGAGUUCUAGAUUCUAGUUCUGUUUUGAUCUGAUCGUUGCCCUCCCUUCCUUGGAUCCCUGUGUUUCUACUGGAGGUUACUCUCUGGGUCCUGGACCUGCCCGUCUCAUUCUGGAGGCUUCCAGACAGCCACAGUUAGUGCCCAAACCUGAGACGAUGUCUUCAGAUGGAGCAUCUCCAUUGCCAGGAUCGGACAGGACUGUGAAUCCUGGCACCGCCCUGUCUCCUUUCACUGCACUCACCUUCCCCCAACCUGCUCCUGGCCCACCAGACCCACCACCAUGGGAGCCGCCUUCGCAGCCCCCUGUGCCUUCAGCAUUCUCUCCAGGCAACCCUCUGGUGCUCUCUGCUUUCCCCAGCCCGUUGUUGGUGACCGGGGAUGGGGGCCCUGGCCCCAGUGGAGCCGGAGCUGGCAAAGUCAUUGUCAAAGUCAACACAGAAGCCGGGUCAGCUGAACCCUCUCAGACUCAGAACUUUAUCUUAACUCAGACAGCCCUCAGUUGGAUUGCCUCUGGCGCUCCCUGCGGGGGUCCUGAGACUCCUGCCCCCGGGCUCCUGACAGCCUCUAAUGUGAAGACCCUUCUGCCCACUAAGGCUGUUGGGCUGAACCAGGAGGGUGACCCAUGCCUUCCUGCUCAGGCUCCACCACCAGCUGCCCAACUGGCCCCCAUCGUGCCCCCAGAAAAGGCUUGGCCAGGACCACAAGGGACAACCGGGGAAGGAGGUCCUACGGCCACCCGACCCAAGCCCUCACUGGGUGACCUCUUCUAUACCUCCAAGGGUGUUUAUGAGAACUUCCGGCGCUGGCAGCGCUACAAACCCUUGGCACGAAGGCACGUAUCCCAGAGUCCUGAUGCUGAGGCCCUUUCCUGCUUUCUUAUCCCAGUGCUUCGUUCCCUGGCCCGGCUGAAGCCCACGAUGACCCUGGAGGAGGGACUGCCCAGGGCUGUGCAGGAGUGGGAGCGUACUAGCAACUUCGACCGGAUGAUCUUUUACGAGAUGGCAGAAAAGUUCAUGGAGUUUGAAGCCGAGGAGGAGAUGCAGAUUCAGAACACACAACUGAUGAGUGGGCCCCAGAGCCUGCCUCCUGCAGCCCCUCUCAAACUUGAUCCUCCGGGACCACCUGUCCCUGAGGUUUGCCCGCAGCCAGUGUACAUUCCCAAGAAGGCGGCCUCCAAAGCACGGGCUCCGCGCCGGCGGCAGCGCAAAACCCAGAGGCCUCCAGCCCCUGAGGCCCCCAAGGAGAUCCCGUCAGAGGCGGUGAAAGAGUACGCCGACAUCAUGGAAGGGCUGGUGGGGAGCCACUCGGCCACUGAGGAGUCAGAUGGGAGACAGGAAGAGCAAGAACAGCAGCCGGAGGAAGGGAUAUAUCCAGAUGCUGGUUUUCUGAGCUAUAUCGAUGAGCUGUGUUCUCAGGAGGUCUUUGUCUCCAAGGUGGAAGCUAUCAUUCACCCUCAGUUUUUGGCAGAUAUGCUGUCCCCAGAACAACAGAGAGAUCCCUUGGCCUUAAUUGAGGAGCUGGAACAAGAAGAAGCACUCAGUCUUGCCCAGCUGGUCCAGAAGCGACUCCUGGCCUUGGAAGAGGAGGAGGAUGCCGAGGCACCUCCAAGUUGCAGUGGAGCCCAGUCAGAUUCAAGUCCUUCUAUUUCUGAUGAGGAUGAAGAUGGGGGUGGGCAGCUUCGGCCCUCACCUGGGCCUCGGGGGGCUAGGGGCUCCCUCCGCCUUGGAAAGGCUUCUUCUCUCAGAGAGCGGGCAAGAGAAGUGUCUGGUGGGCAGGAGCGGGCCCUACGUGGCCUGAGGGUUAUGGGCAGGGAUGGAAACACCCUGCCAACCCCCAGUGACUGGGGCCUGCAGCUAGAACUUGCAGCUCCACAGGGUACUCAAGGGCCCCCGAGUAUAGAGAGAAGAGGGUCUGGGGAAGUUACAAACCAGAUAUCCCCACCGCAGGAUGACCUCCUGGGAGGUGCUGGGUCCCCUGGGCGCUCCCUGGGCACUGACAGGACUUCCGAGACUCUGUCCUUUCGCUGGCAGGAAGGCCCCCAGCUAGAGCUUGUUCCCAGUUUGGAUGUUGGACUUGCAGGGCUGGCUCCUCUGCAAGGACAGGGGUUAGAAAAGCAGACCCUGGGGCUGCCCCCAGGACAAGAGGUAGAGGGUCUUGGAGUGGCUCCUCAGAGCAUGGAGCCAUCGGUAUUGUCCCAGAAAGGCUCUUCAGAGGCCACGUGGGGAGAUGACAGUGGUCUCCCCACAGUUCAGAGUUAUGAUCAGAACCCUUCACCUAGACCAGCUGGGAAUAGGGACGAGGCCGGGGCUUCUCUCAGCCCGAGGCUGUGGCUCAGCAGUGAGAUGGAUGCUGCUGACUUGGAGUUGCCCUUACAGAUCGAGGAGGUCGUAGAGAACCUCCAUGAGGGGGAAUGUGUAGCUGAGCCUCAGGGGGGCGGCCAGGCAUUGGGCUCUAGAAGCAGAAUUUCCCUGGGCCCUAGAGAAGCCCUGGCACCCGGGGACGUGGGAAGCAGUGCUGUUCCCUGUGGAGACACGGAUGGCACAGUUGCCGUAGAAGAGAGAAACUAUUGUGGCCUGGCAGAACCUCAGACGGCCAAUAGCCCGGCCUCGAGGCCUAGAAAGGACGCGGCACAGAGCCCUGGGACUCUUCAGGAUCCUCAUGAUCUGUGGCCUGAAGAUUGCCCCCCUUUGCUAGAAAGCAGAAUCGGGGCCUCUACACUGGGGGCUUCUAAAGAAACACUCCUGCCUGCAAGUCAAGGCAGUAUCCUUAUCCUGGGGACCCAGGACACCUUUCCCGAGGCCAGCCCAGAGGCAGGGAGCAGUGGCAAUUCCAUUUCUCCUCUGUUGGAAACCACGUAUGUCGACAUACUAGACAUCAGGGAUGCCUGUGGCCUCCAGCUGGAGGUCAGCGAGGAUAUUUGCCCCCUAAGUUUUAAUUCUUAUGACCCCCAAGGAGAAGGCAGGAAGAAUACUGAUUUAUCUGAGCCUAAAGAUCUUGCUCCCUUACCAGGGGAUCAAGAAUCUUCUGGCCAUGGGAACCCCAAAUCAAUACCUCCUCACCAGGGCCUUAGAAGCACUUCUCCCAGCUGGGGAACCAGGGAUGCCUUAGUUGCGAGAGAAGCCUCUCCUGUUAUUGAAGCAUGCAGUUCAGCAGAUGGGGUCAAAGCCGAGGAGGAAGGGGAGGAGGAAGACAAGGAGCUCUCCAACUUUGCCUACCUCUUAGCCUCUAAACUUAGCCUCUCGCCGAGGGGGCUUCCCCUCAGUUCUUGCCCUGCUUCAGGCUUGCUCGCCUCAGGGCGUCCUCAGGGGACCCAGAGAGCAUCGCACUCCCUUAGUCCUAAGCCAGCAGGCCUCAGCCAGCCUCCUGCUGCCGAGUCUGUGAAGCGAGCCCCAGUUGGAGCACCAGUCCCUGUUGAAGAGAGGCCUUUACGGGGAGAUGAACCUGGGGUGCCUGGGGAGAAACCAGUGGCUCUGGGAGUGAUUCGCACCUCACAGCCUCGUAAAAGAAAGCGUGAUGGUUUCUCCAAGAGCAGGAGGAAGAAACGCCGUCGCAGCCAGUAGGGGGCAGCCGGGCCAUCCUGUCCCACCUGCCAAUCCCUG